GGAAAUUCAUUUCUCAAACUUUCCCUUUACCAUCAGCACAUCUAUCCCCCUGCACAAGCCAUGAUCAAGGAGGAGCACGAGGUGGCCAUGCUGGGGGCACCCCAGAGCCAGGCGCCUGUGACAACCACGGUGAUCAGCAUCCCCAGGGAGACCACUGUGCCGGACCACAUCGUGUGGUCCCUGUUCAACACCAUCUUCAUGAACUCGUGCUGCCUGGGCUUCGUGGCAUUCGCCUACUCUGUGAAGUCUAGGGACCGGAAGAUGGUCGGUGACAUCACUGGGGCCCAGAGCUACGCCUCCACCGCCAAGUGCCUGAACACCUGGGCCCUGGUCCUGGGCAUCUUUCUGACCAUUGGAUCGAUCGUUCUUCUCGUUUUUGUCUACCGGGGAGCCUACCAGAUGAGUUUGGAGAUGAUGAAAAAUAGAGGAUACUAGCCGCUGUCCUUGGAGGCAGUCCAGGGCCUCCACUGUCCUUGGAUGGUUUUGCACCUGAGGCACGGGCCCAACCCCCCCCCUAACACAAAUGCAGCAGUUUAUAGACCCAGAUUGUCAACCACUGAAUCAAUAAAGCGCCCUUGUCUGUGAA